UUAUUAUAAUAAAUAUUUUGAAUUAUAUAAAUAGCUCUAUUAACGGGGAUCGCAGAUCCGCUCUCGUACAAUUUUUGAUCAUAUCCAUACGAUUGAUGUAAUUAUUUUAUCAUUCAUUGGAUUAAUUAUCACCCGCCAUUGUAAUUCGCGGCCGUCAGAAAGUCAUCGUAUAUUUAUUCUUUCUUAUUUAACACCGAAAUGGUUAUUAAUUAAAAUGAUAAGUGAAGUUGAAAAUCAUUCUAACAUUGUCAAUACGACAAUGAUCUCACUGAGCGUAUUUACGGGGUGAAACGAUUCAACAAUUGACAAUAUGUCCAUAAAUAUAAUUCAAACGUUUCCUUCGUGGAUACCCAUCGUGAAUCAUUGAUCGAAUAUUUCGCAGAAAUCAAUUUCAUUAUAAUAUUAUCGUUUUGAUUUAUUUUUAAUUGUUAAUCAAAUUGAAACGAAGAAUAGAACGUUUAAUUAUCAUUGAUGCAAUCAAAUAAUUGAAUCGAACAAUCUUAUCGUAUCGUAUGAUUAUCAUUGCCGCAAAUGAGAAAAAAAAAGAAAAAGGAAAAAGGAAGAAAAAAUAAUUACAUAAUCGUUAAUUCUGAAUCAAAUAUUACUCAAUCUUGACGCAAUACUAUAACGUAUAAAUAUAUCAUACGAAAUUAGGGAGGAGAGAAAAAACAAAGCAAAAGAAAAGAAAGAAAAAAGAAAGAAAGAAAGAAAAAUAAAAAAGAAAAAUAAUCUGAUCUCCGAUAGACGUAAUAAAAAUUUCAACGUGCGAUAUCAAAAGGAUUUGUUUAAAUUUUGUUCGAAUUUUUUACUUUUGUUUCUUUCUUUUUUUUCUUUUGAUUCUUCUCUCUCUCUCGCUCUCUCUCUCUCUCCCUCUCUCUUUGUCUUUCUCUCUCAUUCUCUCUCUUUCUCUCUUUCUCUCUCUCUCUGUCUCGUUUUCACUUUCUUGCUUUCCUUUCGUCUUUCUUAUUCAGAUUCAGCGCACACAGGACCAAGUUCCCUCUGUCUCACAGAAAAUAAACAAACUAACUAACUAACUAACUAACCAACAAACUAACUAACUAAAAAAGAAAAAAGAGAAAAAAAGGGACAAAAAGAUAAAAGUGCAACAAUACUCACGAAAAAAAUUUUUCGCAAAGAACGAUCGGCCUUGUAGGAUGCGACCGAAAGCAAUAAAUUAAAAAAAAUAAUAAUAAAUGAAUUAAAAAAAAAUAAUAAUAAAAAAAGAAGGACAAAGGUUCAAAUGAGAUUAGACGACUCUUGUCCUUUAUCUCGCGAAACAUUUUCUUGUCGUUUUCUUUUUCUUUCAGUCUCACUUUCUCUCUCUUCGUCUCUCUCUCUUUUUCUCUAUCUACUUCCCACUCCUCUCUUUCUCUCUCUCUCUCUCUCUCUCUCUCUUCACACUCUGUCUUCAUUCAACCUUCCCUUCUUCUUUUCGAAGCUCCCUUUUUACGAAAAAACAAACAAAAAGAAAAACAAAAAAAAGGAUAUCAGAAACACAUAAUGCAUUCGUCAUCACACACGUUACGUCGUCGUCGUAUCCUCUAGUCGAUUUCUAGCGUUUCUACACAGGGUAAAACAAAAAAAAAACAAAAAAGAAAAAAGAAAAAAAGAAAAUAAUAAAAAGGAAAGAAAGAAAGAAAGGAGAUGAGUGUGGGCCACAUUUAAUGAUACAUAAAUAUGGCGAAUGGAUAAUCCCAAGGAAUAAUGUCGGAAUUAUAGCCAAAUGGAAAAAUAUUUAGACGGUUAAAUAAGUAAAAGCUGAAUAAUAAGAAUAACGAAAAUAAUAAAAGCAAAAAAAAAAAGAAUUAAAAACUAUUUCCUAUAAUAUUAAUAUAAGCAACGGCGGGAGGGAUACAAAAGAGGAGAUUGGCAUGUUCGGGGUUAACAGGGAAAGGGUUGGGGAGGGGGGAGGGAAGGGGAUAUAAAGAGAAAAAUAUAUAAAUAGAAAUGAAAAAAAAUAAAAAUAAUAAAAAAAUAAAACGAAUAGGCAAUGUGCUAAACAGGUAACAGGGAAUAUGGGAUUUUAGGGAGUGAACAAAAAACAAAAAAAUAAAAUAAAAUAAAAAUUAAAAAAUAAUAGAUAAAAGAAAGGAUGAUAUUUCUGAUCCAGGGUAAACAAUCCGGAACCUCGGUUUUUAAGGGUACGAUAUGAAAUAGGUAAGACCUGCUUAUAUAUCGUAUAGGGACACUUUCGACCGAGGCUCGACAUUAAGGCAAUACGAAGAUUAAAUAAAUGAAGAGAUAAGGGGGAAAAGAAAAAAAGAAAGAAAAAAAAAAGGAGAAAACAGAAAGAAAAAACGGAAGGAGAGAUGAGGAACACAAAUGAAAAAGAAAAAGAAAAAAAAAACCCCAUAGACACGCAUACAUAGAAAACAAACAAACAAACGAACGAACGAACGAACGAACGAAUAAACAAAAACAAAAGGACACACGCAUUCACUCACACAGAUGCACAUCCACCCCCUACACAGAGAGAGACAUAGACACGCGCAUACACACACGUACACGCAUACAUAAAAAUAAUGAACGGGCGACUUCGAGCAAACACUGAUCAAAGCUUGCGACAAUCUUUGACCAAGAUUUACUCGGCGGAGUCUCUAAUUAUAAAAAUCAUAGAAGUUACGGUGUAUGUCUUGUGCGAUUCAAAUAAACGACAUUGUUUUUAAAUAAUAAUAAUAAAAGUACGAUCUACUUUCUCUUUUA